CCCCAAAUAAUUCAUUGUAGUUUCACCUGGGCUUCUGAUAUGUUGCCAAGGGCGCGCUUAGCUGUCGAUCGCAAUACUUCGACGUUAACCCUCACACCCGUGUCCCUGCCUGGGCGUUCGAAUAUUAGUAGACUGAAUCAAUGGGAGUCACCUGUUAAAAGUUCCGCAAGAUGCAAAGUGCAUUGGAAAUGCAAAUGGGAUUUUUACGUCGCCAUCCUCAGUUUCGCAAUAGAUUCGGCUAGUUGGACACGAUUGACAUCGUCAUGCAUCGAGCAUGGUGGAGCUGCAUAUCUAUUAGCUAGAGUGAUUUCUAUUGUAGUAGUGGGUGUCCCACUACUCUUUUUUGAAAUGAGCAUAGGCCAGUUGAGUGGCAUGGGCCCACUCAAAUUUUUUGGCACAAACAAUUUACGACCAGUAUUUUCUGGUGUUGGGUUUUUCCUCAUGAUUAGCUCUGUUUACAAAGCUAUGAGUGUCACGGCUGCAGGGAUGUGGCCAAUAUCUAAUUCAAUCACCCUAAUGUUGGGUGAUGCUGCAAAAGGACUUAACAAUACUGUACACUUCCAAGAAAUGGACUCUAUGUACGGUUUUACACAACUGGAUGCAUUGACAGUUAUUAGUUUAUCGAUUACCUGGGUGUUUGCAGUCCUCACAGUCAUUUGUGGACUCAAAUUUAUCAGCAAGAUUUCUUACAUAACAUUGUUAGUACCUGUGACAUUGAUUGUCAUCCUUGUGGCCAGGGCCACCUAUUCCAACCCGUUACAAAUGUAUUUAGGAUUGGCCUAUUUUCUUGCACCAUCUUGGGGGAAGAUGCUUUCAAUCUCCCUGUGGAUUAGAGCCAUUACUGAUACUGUGCUCUCCAUGAAUUUGGGUUUUGGUGUCAUCACAUUCUUGUCAAGCUUGAACCCACACAAAAUGAAUUGUUUCAAGUCAAGUGUAGUUUUGGCGACGUUUCAUACGAUUACUCUCGGCUUUAUGUUGCUGUUGAGUUGUUCCGCUAGUUCCACCAUCGCCGAAAUGGGAUCUAAUCAAACAGAUUUAAUUCUCGAAGCCAUAUCUUCCCAAGUGUAUGAACAAUACCCACCCAGUGAAGGAUGGAAGAUUAUCUUUUUCGUCGCUGUUUUUCUGUUGAAUUUAGACUCGUUGAUUUUUAUCUGCAAUAUGCUGGCUACUUCCUUUUCUAAUUUGAGCUGGCGACCAGUUUUGGCUGUUCUAUUUGGCGCUUUUCUCUACGUCAUUUGCUUACCCAUGGCCACCCAAAGCAGGGGAUUGUACAUUGACGUGUUUGAAAAAUUCACCGGUUGCGUAAUUCCGCUGUCCGGUGUCCUGCUCGUUCUGGUCGCCACCGUCUCUAGCGUGAGACCGAGCAGCUUGGUCGACUUGGUGGAAUUCGCCGGCAAAUGCAAGCUUUCCUUCCGGGGUCAAAGUUACGUCUUUGUCGGAUACAACGCAGCCCUACCCUUCACGCUGCUGAUGUGCAUCAUUGACGGAGCUGUGCGGGUGACGGACGGUGAGAUCAGCAACGUAAUGGCCAUCGUCGGACAAUUGCUGCUCGGCCUCCCCUGGGUUUCCGUCCUGCUGACUCCGUUCUACUUGGCCGCCCGCCAUUACCGCCACUUGCCCGGCUCCAAGAGGUGGCGCGAGUUGUGGCAAAAGUCAGACUACGAGGAUUGGCUCUACCGUCGCCCGCAGCUUCCGGCCGACGCCACCGACGACGAAGACGACUGCAAUUCCAUCUACGAGCUGCCGGAACGCGUGUCCAGCAGUCGGCCCAUUUCCACCUACUAUUCGAGCGCCACUAUCCUAGCUAGUGACUCGGCCGUCUAUUCCGCUUAUUAUUGAUCAGUUUUGUUUUUCUGUUUUGUACAAUUUCCUGAUUUUGUCACGUCAGGAAUAAAAAUUACACACUCGCA